AUGCAAUGCAGAUCAGGUAUGGACUUUUAUAAAUUCUUUAUCCCUGGACCUUUAUAUCUUCCAAUUGACAUUUUGGAAUUAGUUUUCAGCUAUAUUCCUACUGCUCAUUUGUGGGCGUACAGUGAUAUUCCAAUUAUUAACGAGCAUGUCAUUAAAGCUUUGAAUGAUAGGGGUGUUGAGAUUACUAUAGGUGACACUUUAUACAAACGUGGUGCUUAUUAUGAUAGAAUUGAAGAACAAUGGGGAAAGAAUCCUAUCGGUGACGAAACAUUGUUGGAACCAUUCGGUAAUCCUGACGCAGAAGGUUGUCCUAUUCGAUUCCAAGAUGUUGACAACAUAGAAGAUUUCAUAGAGUUUAUGAAAGAUCGUCCCAACCUACGUCCAAGGUUGAAUAUAUGUGGACUUGAUACUUUAAUACAAUUAGAUGAAAAAGAACCAUCUUUGAUUCAGAGAGCCCAGAGUAUACUGUUCGUGAACAAACCUUUUCUGGACAAUAGUGACAAUGAGUCAGGUGUGCGUUUGAUACGUGCAUCCAUAUCUUCCUUGCCAAUAGAUGAAAUUUUGACUUUAGAAAGCUGGUUCUAUGACGGCUCUCUACCAUCCUUGGAGAGAUUCCAAUUCGGACGAUGUCCAUACCAGAUUUCUUCACUAGAAUUACACAGAGUUGAAACGACGGACUUGAUAUAUCUUCCAUCAUCUUUAAAAAUUCUAGAAAUUCAUUUAAAAUCAAAUCCUGUUAUAUUUAAGCCAAAUUUGCCCACGAGCCUAGAGAAACUUAGAAUUCGAUUUGCAUUUCACUUGGAACUUAUAGAUGAGUUUAAUAUAGCUGACCUAGAAAAUUUAAAAGCCUUAGAAUGCACCAACUUCCCAGCGAAAUACUUCGCGGCGUUGAAAGCUCCUGAGCAAAUUGAGAGGAUACAUCUCGAAUCGGAAACUCUAAUAUGUUUGGAUGGUAUUGAAAAAUACACCAGUCUUUGCAGAUUAUUUGUAAGUUUCCGGGGAGCCGAAGCAGGUUCAAUUUUCAAUUGCAAUCUACCAAAUUCCAUUGAAAGAUUGCACUUUGGAUGGUACCGUGGAAAGGACGAUACAGAGUGGCACAGUGAUACCGAAUCCUACAUUGAUAGGGACGAUAUGCUGACUUAUCUGUCGAGUUCUGAAGAUAUACCUGAUGAAUUUCCAUCCAUCAGACUACCACCAAAGCUAAAGUUCUUUUCGGUUAUUGCUCAGACUCGAUUGUUUUGCCCCGAGCAGUUAGUUUUCCCUGAUUCAUUGCGCAUACUUUCUUUGAAUGUUAAUUCGUUCCCACCAGCAUUUCGACUUCCCCCAAAUUUAAUUGUUCUUGGUAUUUCAGGUAUCCUGUCGUUUACUCUCCCUAUGUCAUUACCCAAAUCAUUGGUUCAUUUAACCACUUCAUACUUACCAGAAGCAAAAAGUUGUCUAAUGAGCUUACCAAACUUGACUCGUCUUGAAAUUGACCAUAAUUAUAAACACCUAACCUCAUUUGAAUGGGAACUACCACAAGACUUAAGAACCUUGGAUUUAAAGCAUCAUGACAUAACUACUUUAAAAAUAAAACACUCCAAUUUGAGAGUAGUUGACUUGUCUGCAAACUUUAUCACGUCAUUAGAUGACCUCGAGUUCCCAGAUUCUGUUCAGGAGGUAGAUUUGAGUGAUCAGCGGUUGACAUGUGAAACAAACGAUGGAACGCUUAGAAUCAUUACAUAA